CUUGACAAAGAAGGACAAUGUAGCUCACAAAUCAAUAACAAAGUUGGCAAGUGGUUGGACGAAGAUCUGCAAACCUUAAGACACCUAAAUAUUCAUAUUUCUCCAAGUAAUAUUAUUUGAAUUCGACACCGGUUUGGUGAAAUUGUUUAUUAUUCCCAGGAAUUCAAUCGUGAGUUUCUCACACGUGCAGAAAUAGUGAAUUACUUAAUCUAGCUGUACAAAAAUACAGCAAAAUAUAAAUUUUCUUUCACAAUUGAACAAAUAGUGUAAGUAAAAACAUGUAAAAUCUAAUUAAAAUGUGAACAAACAUGCAAUAUAUAAAAUUACACUUAAAACAGUUAAAACCUAACCUAGAAGCUACCAGCUAAGAGAGGGAUUCAGGUGGAGUUCAGAACUGAAGAUUUUUAAAGUUGCCCUGAAACUACAGCGUUUGUGGUUCCGCUUCUAGAGAAUUCAGUGAGAACAAUGAUGAACACCUGAACGUUGGCUCAUAUGGAUUAUAGUCCUAUAGGACCUAUUGUCAUUGAAACGAAAAUUGAAUCUGAAUAACCAAACUAAGGUGAAUCCCAGGAUGAAACGCCCUGAAAUUCGAUUUGGUACCAUCAAGGUUUCAAGGUUCAAGGUUGUGAUCAGUUGUUAUAAAAUGACGGACCAAAUUGAGGAACUGGAAAGCUCCGAGCUGGGCACCAAAGACUACUGGGAGGCGAGUUACGAAACGGAAAUACGCAACUACCGGGACCACGGCGAUGUAGGCGAAGUGUGGUUCGACGAGGACAGUCAGCUGCGAAUAAUCCGCUGGAUUGAGCGGCAGGAGGAUCGGGUUCAGCAGGACGACUCCAUUAUAGACUUGGGAUGUGGUAACGGUAUGAUGCUGAUAGAACUGGCCCGCGAAGGAUAUUCCAAUCUAACGGGUGUGGAUUAUUCACCGAAAGCGAUAGAACUGGCUGAAUCGAUAGCCAAAGAUCAGGAGCUGGACAUCAGCUAUAAGGUUGUGGAUCUUCUAAACGAGUCCGAUGUGACGGCCUUGGGCAAGUUCAAAAUCGUACACGAUAAGGGGACCUACGAUGCGGUCAGUCUUCAUCCGGACAACGCCAAGCAGAUGAGGGAAACUUACAUCAAAAGCGUGGCGCAGAUUUUGCAAGAUGAUGGACUAUUUGUUCUUACUUCAUGUAACUGGACCCAAAAGGAACUGGUGAACAGUUUUGGAGAAGUAUUCGAUUUGCAUGUGGUCAUUCCGACUCCGUCGUUUAAGUUUGGUGGCGCCGUGGGGAAUGUUGUUACUUCUGUUGUUUUUGUUAAGAAAUCUACUAAAUAGAAAGUUUUAUCACA